AUGGGAUAUUUCGUUAGGGGAGAAGAAUGGGUGGAGGAGCUGACGAAAGGAGUAGGAGGAGGUGGUGGCCUAUGGGGCGGUGGUUUGACAGGAGCCAAUGAUCCCGGUUGUCCAAGCGAUGGAAACGAAGGACAGGUAAGCGGAUUGGGCGAGGCUGACGGCGAGCCUUCAGCACGCCAAACCGCUGCCCGGCAGCACAGAGACUGGCUGGUGCGACAGAUCUAA